AUGGCAGCGAGCGGCGAGGAGGAGGCGCCGCCGCAGCCCUUCACCCUGAGCCGCUUCCAGCUCUCCGAGGAGUUCGGCUUCCUCCUCCCGAACCCCCUGACGGAGCUGCCGCCUCCCUACGAGCCCUGGAUGGAGAUGGCCGGCCGCUUGCCCGAGCUGCUCGCCAGCCGCCAGCUCCGCGCGCGCCUGCUGCAGAUGCCGCAGCUGAGCACRCGGGAGCUCAGCGGGCACCGCGAGCUCCACCUGGCGCACCUGGUGCUCGGCUUCCUCACCAUGGGCUACGUCUGGCAGGAGGGCGAGGAGGGCGCCGCGCAGGUGCUGCCCCGGAACCUGGCCGUGCCCUUCUGGGAGGUGUCGCGGCRCCUCGGCCUCCCGCCCAUCCUCAGCCACGCCGACUUCGUGCUGGCCAACUGGCAGCGGCGCACGCCGGGCGGGCCCGUGGAGAUGGAGAACCUGGAGCCCAUCGUUUCCCUGCCCGGGGGAGAGAGCCUCAGGGGCUUCAUCCUCGUCACCCUCCUGGUGGAGAAGGCGGCGGUGCCCGGGAUCAAGGCCAUCGUGCAGGCUGUGAACGCCGUCCUGCAGCGCGACGAGGACGCGCUUCUCCGAGCCCUGCAGCAGCUGGCCGGGGCCAUCGGGGACAUGAAACAGGCCCUGCGGCGCAUGCACGAUCACGUGGACCCAGGCGUGUUUUACUCCGUGAUCCGCAUCUUCCUCUCCGGCUGGAGGGACAACGCGGCGAUGCCGCGGGGGCUGCUCUACGAGGGCGUCUCGGAGGAGCCGCUGGCCUUGUCGGGCGGCAGCGCGGCGCAGAGCAGCGUCCUGCACGCCUACGACGAGCUCCUGGGCGUCCAGCACCGCCCGCAGAGCGCCGCCUUCCUGCUGCGCAUGCGGGACUACAUGCCGCCGGCGCACCGGGCCUUCGUGGAGGAGAUCCGGCGCGCUCCAUCGCUCCGGCAGCACGUGGAGCGCGCCGGGAGCGCCCCGCUCCGCUGUGCCUUCAACCGCUGCGUGGGCGCCCUGGCCRACUUCAGGACGUGCCACAUCGCCGUCGUCUCCACGUACAUCGGCGCCGCGGCCGCGCGCGGGCCCCCGCGGCUGCAGGGCAGGGGCACGGGGGGCUCGCCCAUCUUCAGCUUCCUCAAGAGCGUCCGCGACGCCACCAACGAGGCGGUGCUGAGCGCCUGA